AUGAAGAGUGAGUCGACUGAGUUGCCAUAUUGUGUUAUAUCGCAUAUCUUUUCCAAGUUAAGUUUGAAGAAUUUAGUGAAAACUAGUGCUUUGUCCAAACAUUGGUAUCAUGAAUGGGGAUUAAGGAAAGACCUCACGUUUGAUCUCCAUAACAUGUUUGACUAUGAUACAACUCCAGAGUUACCAAUAACCCUUCCACUCUUUCAACAACUUCAAUCUCAAUUUGCCACAAAAUUAGAUUAUUUCAUGCAGAAAUAUCCUGGUGACAUGAUCCGUUCAAUCCGAGUAAAUUUUCCAUUAGGUGCUGAUCACACUUAUGCCAUUGAUAGAUUGAUUCACAAAGGACUUGUUAAGGGUGCUAAUCGUAUUGAGCUCCUCUUUGCGAAUGAAACUGAUUUUAAAAUAUGGCAAUACAAUUUUUUAUUUCCUUUCAUGUUUGGCCCUAAUUCUCUCACAUAUCUACACCUACAGAACUGCCGUAUAACACCAGCUAUGGACUUUUCUGGAUUGAAGAAUUUGACAACUCUUGUGUUGCAUCUAGUUCCUGUGGAGCAGAAUAUGCUUCAGGAUCUGUGUUUUAGCUGCAUCCAUCUUGAGAACUUCACUCUUAAUGAAUGUUUGUUCCUAUCUGACUUAAAAAUAACUAGUACAACAUUGCUUCAUUUGAACAUGAACUGUGGGUUUAUUGAUACGCACCCGAGGAAUAUUGAUAUCAUUGCAUCAAAUCUCUUGUCCAUUGAAUAUUCUAUAGGGUUUUUUUCUUGUCCAUUGCAUAAAUUGACCAUUAACUCUCCUAUGUUAUCCAAUUUUACCUACGGAUGCGCUAAAAUUUCAAAUGUUGUUGAGUUUUUUAUGCUGAAAAAUGUCAAAACUAUUGUGUUGGAUGAACUCCGUGAAGGUGAUCUCAUAACUCAUUUAUUUUCUAAAUGUCUCCAACUGGAACAUGUCACCCUUAACAAGUGUCGGUUCACGUGUGAUUUGAAAAUCAUCAGUGCAAAGUUGCGUCAUUUGGGUUUAAUUUGUUGUUACCAUACGAAUGGCCGUUCUUGUAAGAUGGAUAUUCAUGCUUUGAAUCUCUCAUCCUUUGAAUAUAGAGGUUACAAGCAGAUGAGGAGCAUAAUUUCUGUUGAGGCUCCAAAAUUAUUGAAGGUUUUCUGGGAUGCAGGUUUUAACAAGAUAAAUGUAUAUAACUAUGCUACAAUUGCAAGUAUACAUCAUCAUGAGAAUUCCGCUAUGCAUACUAGUCUUUCACAGGUUGAGAAUUUCCCUAUGCAUAUGAGCCUUUUACAGAUAUCCAAGUUAAUGAAGGAUUUGGUUCAAUCUCAAAAUCUUCGACAAUUGGAAUUAUUCAUUGCUGGAGCGUAUAAUCCUAAUAUGGACUACUUUUGGAUUUUAGAUAUUGCAUUGGCUUCUCGGCAUCUUCAAAAACUUUCUCUAACAGUUGAUUCUAGGUUGUUGAGGGUUAUGGCUAUUGAACAUCCAAAGGAUGCUGAUAUUACGGCGGAAAUUGUGGCAUUAAUCCCAUACAUCACAACUGGUGAUCCUGAUCUUUCAACCACAGCAGAAGCAUUGAAAGUUCUUGAUUCAUGUGGAUCUAACAUUAUUGAACUCGGUGUUCCAUACUCCGAUCCUUUAGCAGAUGGUCCUGUUAUACAGGCUGCUUCUACAAGAUCUUUAGCAAGAGGAACCGAUUUUGAUUCGAUUAUUUCUAUGUUGAAGGAGGUCGUUCCAGAAUUAUCUACUCCAAUUGCAUUGUUUACUUAUUACAAUCCAAUUCUGAAAUGCGUUUGGCAAAAGCUUGAAGAACAAAUUCAAGAAUUUUUCAAGGCUUAUUAUUUGAGGUUGAAGCUGAAGGAGCAAAUAACUGAGUUCAACAGGUUGCUUAAGGAACAAGCUGAAUUAAGUUUGCUCAAUCCAUUUCUUUCUCACUUGAAAGCGGCUCAAGAUCAAAUGGACAAUGGUGGUUAUUCAAUUGUUCUUGAGCCGGAUGAUAGCAGUGAUUCCACAUGGUUUACUAAAGGAACUCUUGAAAGGUUUAAUUUUUAA